AUUCAGCCCUGCCAGCUGGUAAACACACUUGGCUUGCUGUCCACGAAGGAGGCUCGAACCCGAGGCUAGGCUAGAGCUCCGAAUAAGCCAAUUCAUAAGAGUUUCUGAUAAUUAAUAUCUAUAACCAAAAUAGUAAAGCGCCAAAUUAUACUAUUUAUUAAUUUAAGAAAUAUAGCAGCCACCAAAAGGGAAAAGAAGGCGAUGUCAAGCCUCUGCGUCAUCGCGCUGCAGUGCGUAAAGGGAGCAUCACAAAUCACAUUUUCACUUUCAUUCGUGACGCAGCGGUUUGUAAUGCACCAGUACGCUGGAUGCCAACCCCCGUAAAACAAUAAUAAUAACAAGAAGAAGAAGAACACACAAUGGCUUCGGGUUUACUGAAGAGGAACAUAGCGCUAUUCAAAAUCUGUGUUUAUUUUUUAGAAAACCUGGUGAAAAUGAAGCUUCUCUUUAUGUCGCCCUUAUUAUUCUGGCAUUUGCUCCACCAUGGUGCAUCUGGUGUUGAUAUAGACGGAGUGUUACUGAUGGAGGGAGAUUCAGUCACUCUACACACUGGUGUUGAAACAAACCAACAAGACAAAAUUAGAUGGUAUUUCAAUGACACUCGCAUCGCUCACAUCACUGGAGAUCUCAGUAAGAUCUGUACAGAUGUUCAGUGUAAUGAAGGUACUGAGAGAUUCAGAGACAGACUGAAGCUGGAUCAUCAGACUGGAUCUCUGACCAUCAUGAACAUCAGAACCACAGACUCUGGAGUUUAUAAACUACUGAUAAGCAGCAGCAACUUCGACAGUGAAAAUAUCUUUAAUGUUAUUGUACAUGGUGUUCCUGCUGCUGAACAUGAUAAAAUGAAGAGAAAGUCAGUGAAGAAGGGAGAAUCUAUUACUUUACAUUCGGAUGGAGUAAAAAAAACAAAUAAUUUAAAGAUGUGGUAUUUUAAUGACAUUCUCAUCACUGUAAUCACUGGAGAUCAGAGUGAGAUCUGUACAGAUGAUCAGUGUGAUGAGAGAUUCAGAGACAGACUGAAGUUGGACAAUCAGACUGGAUCUCUGACCAUCACAAACACCAGAACCACCGACUCUGGACUUUAUAAACUACAGAUCAGCAGCAACAGAUUCAGCAUCGUAAAGACAUUCAGUGUUAGUGUCACUGCUGCUGUUCCUUACAAACCCACCAGAUGACACCUUUAUCAAAUAAAUCAAUGUUAUACAACUUUUCACUAAAUAUCAAAGUUUUUUGUAUCGUUGUUUAUCAGUCCAUCUAAUAAUGACUGUCUCUCUUUAGCUGUUCCAGAUUCAACUGUUGUUGCUGCUGCUGUUGUUGUUGUUGUUGCUGUUCUGCUGGUUGUAGUUGCUGGUGUGAUUUACUGUCACCACAGGCGAGCUACACAAUGGGGAAA